AUGAAGUUAGAAACCAACUUCGCAAGCACUGGUAUUCUUGACCGCUUCACUCAUGGGUCGUUCCUGCAAGUCACCAUUUCACUGCUUGCUCUCCCUUUCGCGUUGGGUCUGACCUAUAUACUGCUCGAUUAUUGCCGAGUUCUGAAGCAGCGACGGAGGCUUCCACCGGGACCUUUCCCAUGGCCACUAGUUGGCAAUCACUACCAGAUCAAGUUGCCACGACCAUGGCUCUACAUGGCAGAUUUAAGCGAGCAAUAUAAGAGCUCGAUGGUUACAAUCUGGCACGGUCACAGGCCAAAUAUCAUCUGCAACGACAUAUGGUCCAUCUCUGAUUUACUCGACAAAAGGGCAAAUAUCUAUUCUUCUCGACCACAUAUGGUCAUGCUUGGGGACUCUCGGAAUGCCACGGACUACGAUCAAGUCUGCCUACCACACAACGACCGCUGGCGAUAUCAUCGCCGGCUUACUCAUAAUGCCACGGGCUCUCAAGCCGUGCGCUCUUACCGGCCAUUCCAAGAAUCUGAAAUCCGGAUUCUGCUACGAGAUUUACUGUUAACGCCGGAAAACUAUGUCAAAGCAAUCGAACGAUACUCAAUCUCAAUUGUCUCUUGCAUUGGAUUUGGACGUCGAGUGGACAAGAUGAACGACGGUGUGGCACAAGUCGCACUCAAAUUUAUGGAAGGGGUGGACUUAGUCAUGCCAGGGAUGUUUAUCAUGGAGACCAUCCCGUUCUUGAUCAAACUCCCUAGAUGGAUCUACCCUGCGGCGUCGAAAAUACUGGAGAACGGCAAGAAAUUCCAACGCUUCUUUACUUCCCUAUCCCUAGAAGCCUCCACGGCAAGCUCCGACAACUUUGCAAAGGCGCUCUUCACAGAGAAGGAAGUGAAUGGUCUACGGGACGAAGAAAUUUCAUUUUUGACGGGCAACAUGAUUGGCGGCGGAGUGGACACGACGGCAAGUACCACGGUGACCUUUGUUCUUGCCAUGUGUGCAUUUCCCGAAGUCCAAAAGAAAGCGCAAAAGUUCAUCGACGAUGUUGUUGGGACUGAACGAUUGCCGGACUGGACGGACGAGGCGCAGUUACCUUAUAUUCGUGCAUGUGUCGAGGAGGCGCUCCGUUGGCGAACAGUCACGAUCUUGGGAGGAAUUCCUCACGCACCUUCGCAGGAUGACGUGUAUGGCGACUACAUUAUUCCCAAGGGGACGUGGAUUACGGGCAAUCUCUGGGUCAUCCACCGAAACCCGAACGAUUUUCCUGACCCAGAUAUAUAUCGGCCCGAGCGCUUCAUCAAUAGAGAGCGUCCUUACCCCAAUAAGAAAGGUCACAACGCCUUUGGUUGGGGACGAAGACAGUGCAGUGGACAGCCACUUGCUGAGCAGGGACUCUUUCUUACAUUUGCACGACUUCUGUGGGCAUUUGAUAUCCGCCCAGGCAUCGACGGUAACGGAAACGAGAUUCCGGUAGAUAUAUUUGCGUAUGGAGAGUCGGAGAACAUGCGCCCGGAGCCGUUCCGAGCUCGAUUCAUUCCUCGGAGUGAUCGACACCGUGAGAUGGUCAUCAACGAAGGCAUCGCGGCAAGGGAGUUUCUCAAGCAAUUUGAUGGCGAGACAAAAGUCAGAAUGGAACCAUUGGAAGCAUAA